GUUUUGGGAAGCAAAGAAACAGUUGGGAUUUUUGUCUGCUUGUUGUUGGAGGGAAGAGGCAUCUGGGUUGUUUUAAAUAUCAGCGAAAUUGUGAGAAAUGAGAUCAGCAACUUUUUGUGUGUGUGGAAGAACGGCUCAUUUGACCCACAUUUACCAUUGUUAUAUGCCAUUUGGCAUUCAAUUGGAGCAAACCCUCUUGCCCAUUUCAGCUCUAAGGGACUAUUUUACAGAGCGCACUGAGUUGAUCAAGCUGCCGCCUUUGGAAGGCGUAGAAUAUAUAUUCUACAAUCUUUGCAUUUCCACCAAGGCACUGCCGGAAGGCCUGAACGGCGAGGGAGAUGGACCCUGGAAAGUCAAUAGAGGACCAGUUCUCCAGGCUGCAUCCAUGCCUGCCUAUGAACACAAGAAUUGGGAUAGUAGGCGCUGGUCCAAGUGGUUUAUCAGCUGCUUAUGCACUGGUGAAGCUUGGUUACAGCAAUGUGACUGUGUUAGAGAAGUACCAUACCGUUGGUGGCAUGUGUGA